AUGCCCAGGGGAGUGAGAGUCGUCACCGAAAACACAUAUGUUGACGAUCUUGUUGCUAGCUUCGAUAGCCCAACCGAAGCCAAGGAGGUGGUUGACGAAGCAGUAGCAAUAAACGCAGCCGCCGGGUUAAAUCUACGGAACUUCAUUCCCAACUGCAAGGAACUGCAAUUACGACUCAACAACGAUAACCCAGUGCAGUCCGAUGUCAUCAGCAUGGAACGUCAGCCAAGAACAGACAAAAUCUUGGCCACAUCCAGUCCGAGUCAAUGGCGAUGGGUGCCCUCAGCGCUCAACGUGGCGGAUGAGGCUACCAAGCUCAAGUCGUCGCCAAUGUGUCGCACAGAUUCUCUCUGGACGACAGGUCCCACAUUUUUGCGAUCCAAAGAAGAGAACUGGCCUGAAGAACCAGAGCAACUGCACUCAAACAUCGUUGAAGAAGAAUGUAUAAAGAGGACAUUAGUCGCACAUAAUCGUCGAAAUGCCAUCGAUAUCAACAAGUUCUCAUCUUAUACACGGCUACUACGAGUGGUAGCAUGGAUCUUACGUUUUAUACGCAAACUAAAGUCUGAAUCACGCCAAGGAGGUGAGUUAGUGCCGAGUGAGAUGGUAGCCGCGGAAAAUUACAUAUGUCGUCAAGCACAAGUCGAAGUCUAUGGCAAUGAGAUCAACACACUACGUGCGAACAAGUGUCUUCCGAGGUCGAGCCCACUAUUUCAACUGACGCCAAAACUAGAUCCGGAUGGGAGCUUGCGCAUAAAUGGCAGAAUCGAUGCCGCAUACUGUCUGCCGGAGUAUACACGCCGUCCAAUUAUUAUACCGCAGAGACAUCGCCUUGCGUCUCUCGUCUUGGAUCACUUUCAUCGGAAGAAUCAUCACCAAAACAACAGGUUAACGAUCAAUGAAAUGCGUCAGCGCUUUUGGGUGCCACAUGCACACGCCGUACUGAAAGCUGUAAUAAAAGGAUGUCCAGUGUGUGUACGUCAGUCGGCCAAGCCGACCACGUCUUUGAUGGGUCAGCUACCACGCGAUCGUCUAACGCCAUACGUCCGCCCAUUUUCCUAUACCGGAAUUGAUUAUUGCGGCCCGUUCUUCGUCAGCAUUGGUCGACGUCGUGAGAAGCGUUGGAUCGCCGUCUUCACCUGCCUAACCACAAGAGCGAUUCAUCUCGAAGUGUCAGUCGAUCUUUCAACCGACGCAUUCUUGCUUUGUUUGCGAAAUUUCGUGAACCGCCGGGGAGUACCAGUUCGCAUAAGAAGCGAUAACGGGACCCACUUUGUUGGAGCACAACAUGACUUGGCAAAAGACGAGAGAAUUUUUGAUUUUGAAGCUAUUCAACGUGAGACGUCAAGGGACCGGAUCGAAUGGAAAGUCAGUUGUCCAGCCAAUCCAGCCGAAGGAAACGAAGGUUUCGAUAAAUCCUAA